UAACUCCCUUCAGUUCUUUUGUAAGCAUGAACUCAACUAUGGCUGGUAUGUAUUUGCCCCCAGACUGUCCCAUGCCUGCAGCUUCUUGUAUGAAAGCUGUUGAUUAUUCAAGACAAGUGCUUAUCUAUUCCUGUAUGACUACUAACUGUACAAGCAUGCCACUUACCUCUGUUAGUUGUGAAAAUUUAAAAAAUUAUUAA